AUGGCCACUGGGUUUACCCCACCAACAAUGAACUGGAAUGCUUCAGACAUUCCAGACGAGUUUAAUUCCUUUAAGCAAUAUUGCAACCUUGUAUUUGAUGGGCCAUUUCUAAAGAAAACAGAAAAGGAAAAAGCAUCUUAUAUUUUACUAUGGAUUGGGCGACAGGGAGUCGAUAUUUACAACAGCUUUGUAUGGGAGAACGAACAGGACAAAGUGAAGCCCAAAGCCAUAUGGGAGAAAUAUGGGAAACACCUCGCGCCAAGAAGUAACUAUAGGCUAGCACGAUUUCAAUUACAACAAUUGAGACAAGAACCAAACGAAAACAUUGACGAUUUUAUGACCAGAUGCAGAAACCAGGCAGCAAAAUGUAAAUUUCGAGAUCAACAAGAAACGAAUGAAAGAUUAAUUGAACAAUUAGUGAUUGGAACAAGACAUAAGAAAGCACAAGAAAAAAUACUCGAAAAAGAUGAAAAUCUGAGCUUAGACGAAGCAAUAGAUUAUGCCAGAACAUAUGAAGCUACCAUAGCUCAUGUCGCUCAAUUAAAUAAAACAAGUGAAAUUCAGAAAUCCGUACAUGCACUAUCAAAAUUCGCAAAGCCUAAACAAAAAUGCCAGAACUGCGGAACUGAGCAUGAAGCUAGAAAAUGCCCAGCCUACGGGACAAGCUGUAACUUUUGCUCAAAGCCAAACCAUUGGGCAAAAAUGUGUCGCAAGAAAAUAAACAAAACACCCCACUACCAAGCUAGACCAGGAAGCCAAAAUCCCAAUGAGGGCAAACAAACUAGAUACAGCCAAGGUCAAAGUCGAAACAGUAAUAGGCGGAUCCAUGAUUUGAAUGUAAACAACGAGUCAAGUGAUGAAUUCGAUACACUAGUUUUUGACACGAUCACAGUUGACAGUAUUACACCUGACUCAAACAGCCAAACCAAAGAUGAAGCACUAGUCAUGAUCAACAUCGAGCUGCCAAAUAAUACCCAUAACACACAAUUGAGAGCUAAAGUUGACACAGGUGCUCAAGCAAACAUCCUACCACUAAGAUUAUACCGUAGCAUGUUCCCAGCGAAUAUCAGCUAUGAUGGUAAACCCAAGAUAAGUGCAGUUAAAAAGUCCACGACCACCCUUACAGCAUACGGGGGUACUCCAAUUCCACAAUUUGGUACAUGCGAAAUAAAGUGCUCAUACAAGAACAACAGCACAAGCGCUACAUUCUAUGUGACUGAUGUACACAGUAGAGCAAUUAUUGGAUUACCAACUGCACUAGAUCUUCACUUGAUUACGUUGAACUGUUCAGUAGAGAAAUCGCAAGUACAAGAGACCUCGCCUACUAAGGACACGGCAAAGCUUAAACCAAGCACUUGCAUAGAUAAUAAAUCUCACCUGAUUGCACAAUACCCAAAUUGUUUCAAUGGGAUUGGCAAAUUCCAAGGGGAAUAUCACAUCACCUUAGACCCUUCAGUUCCACCUGUCAUUCACCCACCCAGACGCGUACCCAUUAGCCUUAAAGAUGAUAUCAAACACGAGUUAGAAGAGAUGGAACAGCUAGACAUUAUAACCAAAGUUCGAGAAGGUGAACCCACAGCAUGGGUCAACAGUCUAGUUUACCGAAGGAAACCCAAUGGGAGGCUAAGAAUAUGCCUGGAUCCGAAAGACUUGAAUGCUGCUAUCCAACGUGACCACCACGUUACACCAACCCUAGAAGAAAUCCUACCAAAGUUGAAUGGUGCUACCCAUUUCUCUAUCCUCGACGCAAGAAGCGGCUACUGGAACGUGACACUAGAUGAAGAAUCCAGUUAUUUAACAACAUUUAACUCGCCGUUCGGGCGAUAUCGAUUUAAACGAAUGCCAUUCGGUUUAAAGAUGUCACAAGAUGUCUUUCAAUCAAAAAUAGAUCAAACCUUUGAGGGCUGCAAUGGUGUUGUGGGAAUCGCUGACGACAUAGUGGUCUUUGGCAAGACAGCGGAAGAGCAUGAUGAAAACCUACAUGGUAUGAUGGAGAGAUGCCAAAACACCGGUCUAAAGCUCAACCCUGAGAAAUGUUUCAUAAAGCAGAAACAAAUCAAAUUCUAUGGAGUUAUAUGCAAUGAAGAGGGUAUUAAGCCAGAUCCAUCCAAAGUUUCCGCCUUGAAACAGAUGACAAAGCCCAGAGAUCGUCGUGAGCUCCAGACAUUCCUUGGGCUAGCCACAUACAUGGGUCCUUUUAUCCCAAACCUUAGCUCCAUUACAGCACCAUUACGAGAAAUCCUAAAGAAGAAGAAUACCUUCGAAUGGAAUGAAAACUACCAACGAGCAUUUGACGAAGUUAAACAAGCCAUCAGUGAAGAGAUCACCUUAAACUAUUUCGACAGCACCAAAGAAGUUGUUCUACAAGUGGACGCUUCAACAAAGGAUCUCGGAGCAGCACUAAUACAAGAAGGGAAACCUGUUGCGUUUGCAAGUAAAUCAUUAACAGACGUGGAGACCAGAUAUGCCAACAUCGAAAGGGAAAUGCUGGCUGUUGUAUAUGGAUGCGAACGUUUCCACACCUAUUUGUUUGGACGACCAGUAGUUGUCCAUACUGACCAUAAACCGCUCGAGAGUAUCCACCUGAAACACCUCACGUCUGCACCACCCCGACUGCAGCGUAUGCUACUCCGGUUACAACCCUACGACCUAACUAUCAAAUAUAUUCCAGGAAAAGACAUGCUACUAGCAGAUGCUCUGUCACGAUUAUCCCCCGAAGAAAAGAACCCAGUGAAAGAUAUGAACGUGUAA